AUGAAGAACCAACCUAAGAAUCUACUUUCCAAGUCAGCAAUCCAGGCACUCCAGCUGUUAAUACCGUCAGCAGCAGUGCACAAUGUGGAGACCGCCCCUAAUUUCAAGGCAGAAUUCCCCGAGUUAUUCAAAGGGCGGGGCCUCAUGAGGGAUAAGUACAAGAUACCUCUGAAACCGGACGCAGUAUCAGUUUGUCUAUACACACCCCGACGUGUACCGCACCCACUUCUCCCUAAGGUCAAAGAGAAGCUACUGGCCAUGGUUCGUCAGAAGGUAAUCUCACCAGUAAGUGAGCCAACAGACUUGUGCUCAGGCAUGGUGAUCGCUUCCAAGCGCAAUGGUGAUGUAAGGAUCUGCGUUGACCUGACACCUCUGAACAAGGCGGUAAAACGAGAGAUCCACCCUAUGGCAAGUGUCGACGAGAACUUGGCAAAGCUUAAGGACAGCAAAGUCUUCACCAAGCUAGACGCCAACUCUGGAUUUUGGCAAAUACCCCUUGACGAGGAGUCUCGGUUGCUCGCCACCUUUGUCACACCAUUUGGCAGGUACUGCUUCAACCGCCUCCCAUUUGGAAUCAGCUCAGCCCCUGAGAUAUUUCAGCGUACCAUGUCUCGAAUCCUAGAGGGCCUCGAUGGCACAGUUUGUCACAUGGAUGACAUCCCCAUACAUGGGCCGACACAGGAGCUUCACGACAGCCGUGUCCGAAAAGUGUUACAGCGGCUCAAGGACGCUGGAGUCACAUUGAACGAGAAAUGUGAGUUCUCUAAACAGCGCAUGAAGUUUCUCGGGCAUGUAAUCUCGGAGGAUGGGCUGGCCAAAUUUAUACCCGACCUAGCAACCAUCAAUGAGCCCCUACGCCAGCUACUUAAGAAAGAGCACCAGUGGCUUUGGGAUCAGCCUCAGGAAAUUGCCUUUCAGGCGAUCAAGACGAAACUGACCUCUACAGAUGUGCUGGCACACUACGAUCCAAACAAACGAAGCAUCGUCGCUGCCGAUGCAUGCCAGGACGGGCUUGGAGCAGUCUUACUGCAAAGCGACAGCAGCGGUAACCGGCGCCCAAUCGCCUUCGCUUCACGCUCUCUAAACGACACGGAGAAACGAUACGCAGUCAUCGAGAAGGAGGCGCUGGCCGCCACGUGGGCAUGUAAAAAGUUCUCAGACUACAUCCUUGGGACACCAUUCACCCUAGAAACGGACCACCGCCCACUGGUACCCCUUCUCUCAAGCACAGACCUCUCCAAGCUGCCCCCGAGGGUUUUGAGGUUUCGCCUCCGAAUGGCCAGGUAUUCACCAGAGGUCACUUACGUGCAAGGGGUGCACCAAAAAACAGCGGACGCCCUGUCUCGUGCAUCCACAAGCAGUCCCACUCCCCAGGACUUAAAACAAAUCGAGGAAUUAGAAGAACACAGCGAAUCAGUCCUAGAGUUCCUACCUGCAACGGAACGGCGCCUCAAAGACAUCCAGGAAGCCCAGGACUGCGACGCCAUAUGCAAGCAGGUGAAGACCUACUGCUUAGAGGGAUGGCCUCCCAUUAUGCCAUCCCUACCACUCCUAAAGCCAUACUGGGAGAAGAAGCAACACUUGACGGUCAACCGAGGAAUCCUGAUGUAUGAUCACAGGCUAGUUAUCCGCUCAAGCAUGCAACUAGAGAUGCUGGAGACCAUUCAUGAAGGCCAUCUUGGCAUUACCAAGUGCCAAGGGCGCGCGAGCUCCUCGGUGUGGUGGCCGCUCAUAACAAAGCAGAUAGAAGCAAUGGUCAACAGAUGCCAAACUUGCGCCAAACUUAGACCAGAGCGAAGAGAACCCCUUAUGGCGCUGUCUUUCCCAAACCUACCAUGGAGCCGGGUCGGUACAGACCUCUUUGAACUAGAACAGACCGACUACCUUAUUGUUGUCGACUACGCAAGCCGAUGGUUUGAAAUCCGAAAACUAGGAUCAACUAGCUCAGCUGCAGUCACGCGCCACAUGUGCGAGAUCUUUGCUCUGCACGGAAUACCGGACAAAGUCGUCUCGGAUAACGGACCCCAGUAUGUUAGCCAGGAAUUUACCAACUUUGCCAAGGACAUGGGUUUCACCCACAUCACCUCCUCUCCACACUACCCACAAGCAAAUGGUGAGGUCGAGAGAGCGGUAUAG